CUUCCUGCGUCCCCGGACGCCGUAGGUGGAAAGGCGCACCCUGAGUGGAGGACUUCCCACUGCUUAAAGAAUGAUUGACUGUAACUGCACUUUUGUGAGAUUAUAAAUAUACCACGGAGGGUAACGAAACUACAGAAGAAUGGAAGAAGACAGCCUGGAAGACUCAAACCUUCCUCCAAAAGUUUGGCAUUCUGAGAUGACGCUGUCAGUGACAGGCGAACCACCUAGUACCGUAGGAGAAGAAGGAAUACCUAAAGAAACAGACAUAGAAAUCAUCCCAGAAAUCCUGGAAACCCUAGAGCCACUGUCCCUUCCAGAUGUGCUGAGGAUCUCGGCAGUUCUGGAGGACACCACAGACCAGCUCUCUAUUCUAAACUACAUCAUGCCCAUUCAGUACGAAGGGAGACAGAGCAUCCGCAUGAAAAGCAGAGAAAUGAAUCUAGAAGGAACAAAUCUAGACAAACUUCCAAUGGCCUCAACUAUCACGAAAAUACCCAGUCUGUUAAUAACUGAGGAAGGACCCAACUUGCCGGAAAUCAGACACAGAGGCCGGUUCGCUGUGGAGUUUAACAAAAUGCAGGAUCUUAUCUUCAAAAAACCUACAAGGCAGACCAUCGUGACUACGGAGACUCUGAAGAAAUUUCAGAUUGAAAGGCAGUUUUUCAGCGAUGUGAUUGCAGAUACCAUUAAGGAGUUGCAAGAUUCGGCCACUUACCACAGUCUCCUGCAAGCUUUGAGCAAAGAGAGGGAAAACCAAAUGCACUUCUAUGAUGUCAUCGCCAGGGAGGAAAAAGGAAGAAAACAGAUAAUAUCACUUCAAAAACAGCUAAUUAAUGUCAAAAAGGAAUGGCAAUUUGAAGUCCAGAGUCAGAAGGAGUAUAUUGCUAACCUCAAGGACCAACUUCAAGAGAUGAAGGCAAAAUCCAACUUGGAGAAUCGCUACAUGAAAACCAAUACCGAGCUGCAGAUUGCCCAGACCCAGAAAAAGUGUAACAGAACAGAGGAACUCUUGCUGGAAGAGAUUGAGAAACUAAGGAUGAAAACUGAAGAAGAGGCCCGGAUUCACACAGAGAUUGAAAUGUUCCUGAGAAAGGAGCAGCAGAAACUUGAGGAGAGGCUAGAGUUCUGGAUGGAGAAAUAUGAUAAGGACACAGAAAUGAAACAGAAUGAACUAAAUGCUCUCAAAGCCGCAAAGGCCAGUGACUUAGCACACCUUCAAGACCUGGCAAAGACGAUAAGAGAGUAUGAACAGGUCAUCAUUGAAGAUCGUAUAGAAAAGGAGAGGAGCAAGAAGAAGGUAGAACAGGAUCUCUUGGAAUUAAAGAGCGUUAUAAAGCUCCAGGCCUGGUGGCGAGGCACUAUGAUACGGAGAGAAAUUGGUGGUUUCAAGAUGCCUAAAGACAAAGUUGAUAGCAAGGAUUCAAAAGGCAAAGCAGCGCCCUAGGACCUGCGCAGCCAGUGUUUACACUCAGAAGCCUGUGCUUUCUGGAGCACCCUCACCUCCCAGCUGGACUAGAGGGAGUGCUGUGUGUUCUCAAGAGAAUGUACAAUUACAACCCCUAAACCACAUGAGAGCCUGUGUGUGUUUUUUAACAGGCGUUUCAACUCUGAGACAUCUUAAAAAUAAAACCAACCCAACUCCCCGAAGUCUGAAAGGCACCUACUAACACAGAAAACUGAAGUUUUCAUCAUCACAGUGUUGAGUGUUUCAGCAUUAACACUGAACAGUCUUUUCACCUGUGAAAAUAGCAGUCCCAUUUCAUAUGGAAGAAAACCAAACCAGUGAGCCCCUCAGGCUGAACCCUACACCCGGAUAUUACGCUCCUCACAAUCUCUCUUCACACUUGAGUUCAUCCUUUAUCCCAAUUUUGUUAACAGAGUUCAGAAGGUUCCUGAAUAUUCAGAAACACCAUUUAUGAAACUAGAAUCUAACCGCAAUUAUAAAGUAGUUUCCAGCAUUAAUGUCUAGCAGCUAAAUGCUAGGCGUUCUGAAAAAGCAAGGCAAUAUUCACUGCCUUGAGCACAGAACAGGGACUGCUGCCCUAAUACUUCUCCUGCUACUGUUUCACUAUUAAGAAGGUUUGAGUAUGUUAGAAAUCACAUAAAUUCCAAUUUUAAACAGAAUGCUGGGAGUGAACCUCAGUCAUGCAUAACAAACACAGUCAAUCUGGAAGGGGCUCACCUGAGAGGCCAGCUCCAACCCAUCUGCUCGUGUGCACCACGUUCAACGUAUAGACUGGGCUCAGAAUAGCAGCCUAGGGAAUCCACAUGAUCUUUAAACUGAACAUUCUGACCAAACUAAAAUUACUAAAAUCACAGCCAAUACCUUUCAAACGUCCAGACCGCAAAUGCCUAGACGGACCUGUGCCUACCGACAAAGGGGGGAUUCAGGAUUUCAGGACACAGUUCAAAGCAGAAAUCUAAGUGACCGGGUGCGACCAAAACCAGAAAAGGCACGACGGUUCUCCUCAUGAGCAGCUGCUGAAAAGGUUCAGUCACUCCACAAUUUCCACACUUGUGCUGAGGCACGGAAAAACGGCCAGAUGGGAGUUGUACUGUGUGACUUGGAAAUAAAGCUCUACAUACAUGUCAUAUUCGAAGUACAAGUUCAGAAUUGUAUUAGUAAAAAUGCUUCAGCAUUUAUGGUAAGAGAAACGAGGCCACAGGCCAGGAGAAUGGGCAGAUGACCAGGAGAAAAAAAUGCUGGUCAUUUCCUGUUGGUUAGCAAUCAUAAAUGUUUACUAUUGUGAGGGGGUGCUCAUCUGCAAAUAUAAGGAAAGGUUCUACCUCCUUUAUUGGUUAGCUCUUUGAGGGCCAGUAGGGAGAAAAAGCACUUAUGUAAGUAAUUCUGAAUGAGAAACAAACCUCCUUUACCAAGCACAGGAAUGAGGCAGAAAGUCACCGGAGUGCAAUCUUUCAGCGAGCGGGGAAGAGCCAGUGAUAAAGCACACAGAGAGUUAACAUCACAGCACAGUAAAAUGCCACAAAACCCAGAAGCUGCAGAGAGAGACAGACAAAACUGGAUUCUUCUGAGUGUGCCCCAAGAGAAAGGAGCGUUUCAACAGUUCUUUUAACGCGGAGGUUUAGCUGAAGGAUGUCGGAAGGGGAACAAAGAUUGUCCUGUCCAAAGUGUGAGCAGGAAAGGAAAACAGAAAAACAAAGUCAGUGGAUCAGAAAUGCAGAUUUGCGUAUAGAAUUCAUAUGAUCAUCUCAGUCACAUUCACAUAUACACAUCCUGUAACAUUUUUACAUUGAGGAACAAAAAUAAAAUGCUGAAAACCACAAA